AUGCAUACGUACGUGAUGCUGCUGCAAGGCCACUUGGGGAAGAGAGGGCGGAAGGGUCCCGACUCCACUGUGAACUUCGACACCAUUUUCGUUGGCGGGUUGGUGAAAGCUGGGAAGUCGCUAGAAGCUACCAAGUAUGUUCAGAGGAUACUGAAUGGCGGGAUGGAAGUUCCGAGGUUUGAUUACAACAAGUUUCUCCACUACUUCUCUAACAAGGAAGGAGUUGUUCUGUUCUUGGAGACGGCGAAGAAGUUGAGGGAGGUUGGAUUGGUUGAUUUGGCUGAUGUGCUUGGGAGGUAUGGGGAGAAAAUGGCCACUAGAGAUAGGCGAAGGAACAGAGAGGGUUAA